AGCAACUAGAUGAGAAACUAUCUCCUCUAGUCGUUUGCCGUCGCUGCCACGAUGCCUUGGUCAGCCAAACGUCACAAUAGACUUUUCAAAAAAUUGUUAAAAAAAACAUUAUAAUCGUUUCUAGCCAAGUGGUCUUUGGGGUGUCACGUGGCUACCUGUGAGAACACUGACGUUUUUAGCGAACCCACUUUUACUUUUGUGAAAUGUUGAGCUAUUUAGAGAAGCUGAAAGCUAGACCUACUACGGGUUAUUUGUUGCAUUAUGAACAAGCAAAACGAAGCAAACCAAAUUAGCGACAUAAAUGCCUUUAAUAAGCAGAUUUUAACAGUUACAGAGAUUCAUGAAUUAUGUCAUUUUUUUAGUUUUUUUUUUGUUUCAAGUGAUGUGGGCAUUGGCAGUGACGGAAAACGUGUCAGCAUUUGAAGUUAUCAAUCUAGCAGUGCAUUUAGGUUAUUGCAGCUGCCUCCAUUGCUUCCUCUAUCCAGUUGUCACCGGAGCGUAUCAGUGUAGCACGUUUUAGCGUUUAUAUAGUCCUCGUGGUGAAAUAAUAAUAAUUAAAAAAACAGGACUGCUAUACGAUUGCUAAAACACUGACCUAGGUAGAAAGAUUGCCAGGAAACUGCUGGUGACUGAUGGCUCUUUCCAUGCCCUGAAAAUGACAAGCAAACAAUAGAUUGUGCCACCAUUCUGCCAUGCUGCCAAAAGAACAUAAAAGUGAAGUUAAAGCAGUGAAGAUGGCCUCUUCUGAACAGCCCAGCAUCAUCAAUAAGAGGAAGGAACAGACGGACCUUUGCUUUGCUGAUCCCCCAGACGGAGGUUGGGGUUGGGUGGUGGUGUUGCAUUGUUUUCUGGUGAAUGUACUGGUGAUGGGAACCCUGAAAAGCUUUGGAAUUUUCUUUGUGGCAUUUCAGGACGACUUUGGGGCAUCUUCAGAAAGCAUCAGCUGGAUCGGUUCCAUCAUGUCCAGCCUGCGUCUCUCUGGAGGUCCCCUGGCUUCAUUGGCUUGUGCUAAGUUUGGUAACCGAAUCACCUCGAUUGCAGGAGCACUGCUGGUCAGCACUGGCUUUCUUGUGAGCAUCCUGGCCACAAGUGUGGUCUUCUUGUACGUCAGUUUGGGACUGGUUGUAGGUCUUGGAUUUGCACUUCUUUAUCAAGCCUCCUCUGUUGUCAUCGCCAACUAUUUUAGGAAGAGGCUGGCGACAGCGUACUCCAUUGGCCGCUCUGGAAUGGGCUUGACCUUUGCUCUAGCUCCCUUUUCUCAGCUCCUUCUUGACCAGUAUGCCUGGAGAGGUGCUUUGUUGAUUUUGGGAGGUCUCAUGCUACACCUUGUAGCCUCUGGGAUGCUACUGAGGCCUGCAAUUAUGAAGCCACACUCUUCUCCCAGCUCAUGCAGGAACCAUGAUGACAUGAAAACAAAUGGCUUUGUCACAUCAGCCUCUUCAUCUGGCACACAGGCUUUUGAAAAGCCACUAUCUGACCCAAAUACCCUGCUCACAUCAGAGCAAGCAAAGCUGGUCACACACAAUAUUAGCGCUACAGUCUCCUUUUCCAGAUCAGAGGAAGUCUUCCUGGAACAAAAUGGAAGGCCACUAGCUAUGGAAAAUGCAUCGCAAUGCAAUAAUGGCAGCAAGAAGUUUAUGAAAAAGAUGAAAGUGUUGGAUUUCUCCCUCUUGAAAAAUCCUUUCUUUUGCAUCUUUACAUGGUCAGUAGUCUUUAGUCAGUUGGCUUAUUUUAUUCCCUACUUUCACUUGUCGGCUCGAGCAAGAAACCUUGGGAUUGACCCAAUGGAUGCAUCCUUUAUCAUCUCUGUUGCUGGCAUAACAGAGACUGUGGCCCAGCUGGGCUCUGGAUGGUUGGCUGACAAGAAACUGUUGCACGAGUACCACUACCAUAAGACCUACCUGAUCUUGUGUGGAUUAAUUAAUCUGCUCUCCCCACUGGCCACCAACUAUGUACAGCUCAUGGUCUAUGCUGUUUUCUUUGCUGUCUUUUGUGGAGGUUAUAUGGCAUUGAUGUUGCCGGUUCUGGUAGAUCUUGUUGGGGUGGACAAGGUGAAUAACUCAAUGGGCUUUUCCAUGUUGUUUGUGGGCCUUGGCUGUCUGACUGGCCCUCCUCUAGCAGGCUUCCUCUAUGACUACACCCAGACAUAUGAUUGCUCCUUCUAUCUGGCUGGUGUCUGUUACCUGCUGUCCUCUGUCUCACUAUUCCUGGAACCCCUUGCACAGAAGUGGCAGGAGCAGAAGAAAAACCUGCCUGAAAGACCAUUGCCUCAGUGUCCCUGAGACAGCUUCACAUGUGGCAUGCAUGGUAAUGUCAGAUCCAAGGAACAGUGUAAAUCAAUCACUGCUUCAUCGCUUUUGCAAAGGAAAACCCCAAAAGAGAUAACAGGGAUGAGUAUAGCCAUCAUUUCUCUAUAAGAUAUAUUCACCUGAUACAAGCUAAAAAGAUCAUCCUAUUUCAUAACAUCUGACAACGCAAGUUAAAUGAACAAUUUUGUGUUUAAGUACAGCCCGUGACUGGCCACUCUAUGAGUACACACAGUACAGGAGAAAGGCCAAUCUGAGAACUAUGACUCAAAACCAGUCAUUUUGCAAUGUAGCAGACUAAUACAGCAAUGAUGGCACUCCACUGCCUUUACCAACCACAGAGAUACAUAGUUUGAAGCGGUCAUUUAAAGAGUUUAUUCCUCUGUAAGUACUGUCUUCCAGUAAUGAUCAUGAAAAGGUGGGAAUUACUCACCCUGUUUCAAACUACUCCUCCAUUAAUAGUUGAUGUAAACAUGAAUGACCAAUUUCCCCUUUAGUGCAAAUUCCUUGGCUUACCUUUUGUUCCCGUCCCUAUGACUGUUGUACUCUAGGCACUGUUGGUUUUCCUAUAUUUCCCAAUAGAGUUUGCAUAGUCAACAUGGGCUAUACAAUUCACAGUAUACCUCGAAGGCUGUGUUUUAUUUGGCUACCUCAGCACUUUUCAAUUGGACCAUUAGAAAAGCACCUGGCCUCAUUAUCCUUAUUGUUGCUCUGUUGUUACCCAAAUGGAGUAGUUGCUGUAGUAACAGAUUAGUAAUCGGAUUACAUUUCAAACUGAAAUGACUGGUGGACAUUGCAGUGCUAUCUGCAUGGGAAGUUCUGUACCUUUGACAUUUUUUGGAUAUUAGUUUAUUGAUUAUUGGUCAACAGCAUAAGGUUCAUAAAGUAAGUUUCUUAUUUUUGCAUGAAUCAAUAAUAUUGUACAGUUCAUAUAACGAUUAAAUUCCAAGUUUUUUAGCCUAAUGUUAUUUAACAUGAUUUGAUACAUUUCCUUAAACACUUAAGUUUAGUAGUGGUAAGGUUAUGUCAUGCAUUUAAUUUGCAUCUAGGUCUUCGAUUAUGACGCAUAUUUAGAACUUCAACCAAACUGCCAUGGCAGCUGUUCUUAACAUUUUUCUGAAAUCCUUAUUCAGGUGUUCAGUGGUAUGUUGAAAUUCACAUUAAUUAAAUAUGUACAGACUUCAAAAUAUUUUACAAGUGAAACCAAAACAUUUUCUUUAAUAAGAUACAGUACAAAAGGACAAUUAGGUAAUCCUAAAAAGUUCUAGUGAGAUAAAAAAUGCAUUAUUGUAAAUAUUAAGACAGGACACUAAUUAAUAAAAAACAUUAAUAAAACACAUUUUAUAUAGAUUUUAAUAUAACCUUACUAUAUGUAUUCUCAUGAAUUAACAAGAUAUGUUGUCAUGCUUAAUUCUCCAAAAUGUGGGUUUCAGAAAUUCAAUGUGUGAUGCUUUUUAUGUUUUCAACUAUAUGGCCAAAUAAAUCUAGCUUCAGCUGUAUAUGUGGAGAUGAUUUCCGUAUUAGAAUUUCUUAAUGGAGCUAAAAACACACUCCCUUCUCCAGAAGAGUCUCAAAACCCGCUACCAUUCAACUCUUAGGUGAAACAGAUAUUUACCAAAAUCAUAUAUUAAAAAGUUGUUUUGUUAGAAAGCAAUAGAGGUUUUACUGCCAGUACACACCCAUAAUCACCCUUGAUAAACAGCAUGGAACAUGUAAGGGUUAGGGUUACCCUUGAUUCUCUAUGAGAUUUGUUGACAUAUUUCCCCAUGUUUGUGUGGGUUUCUUCUGUGUACUGUGUCAUCCAAUAGUCCAAAACCAUGCAGGUAAAUGGACAGGUCUCCCUAAAUUGUCCAGUGUAAUCAUGUAGAUGCACAUAUAUGGCACAUUUUCUACAAUAAUUCAAGGUAGGAUUCCCCAGGCUGAAAUCAAGAAAUUCAAAUUUUGCAUGGCAUUUUAAAGGACGAGAAUAGUCUUAAAUGUAUGCUGAAGAGAUUGAUAUGAUUUUUUUCAAUUUUAGCCUACAGUGCUUUGUGUUAUUCUGCCAUCCAGUGGCAAACAAAACCAUCAAAGUAUCUUAGGUUAUUUUAAGUGAGGUUUCCUUCCUGUAAUGUGUUUAAUAGAUUGUGAUUUCUUUAAACUCUUUUAUAAUGCUACCUUUGACAAAAGUGACGACCUACUCCAUUUCAGGAGGGACACUAUGAGCUACUUCAGGUUUUACAAACUACUUUUAAACUGAAAGGCUCCUGUGUUUGACUAAUUAGUUCAACUCUUCUUGUGUUCCUACUGGUUUGUUUCCUUGAUUGAAAGACUCAUCUGGCUGUUUCACAUUAACAUUAGUGACACAUGUAUGAUUAUAGGACACUGACCAAUCAGCACAUAGCAAGAACUCAAUGCCAAAGUGAAAUCCAGGUCUUUAUAACUGAAAUGGUAGUUUGCAAACCUUGUCCUAACGCCCUCCGAGAUGGAUUAGGUGGUCAUCCUACCUUUGACAUAGUAUCAAGACUGGGUGUCUCUUCAAUUGCUUAUUGGCAUGUAUCAUUUACUAUUUUUGUUUCAUAUUAAUUUCACAUGUAACUAAUGGAAAUAUACACUCAAAUAUACAUAUUUUAUUAUGUACAAACUUAUAAUUUUAAUCUCCAUUAAAAUAUGUAGUGGAGUUUGCCCUUUAGGUCAGAACACUCAUUGAAUGGCUAUGAAAUUUUGCAAUUUGCAUGUAGCAAAUUGUGCUCUAAUAUGGUACUUAUAGUGGCUUGCACAAUUACUUGCAAUCUUAAUUUUAUGAAGCCACAUUUAAGAAUAAUUUAGUCAGUACCUCAGAGCACAAAGUGCAUGUGUGUUUCGCACUGUAGAUUUUUCUAGGUUUGAUUCUCACCCUAAUUCUGUGUGAAUGGAGUUUGAAUUUUCUCCACUUACCCCAAAAGUUCAAAAAUGGGUGGUUACACAAAACGGCAUCUCUAAGUGAUCCAUUUGUCUCCUGCUAUGGACCAGCUUGUUAAGGUCCUGCUUUGGAUAAUCGGCACAGUAAUAAUACAGUAAAAGGCAGAAAGAACGAAUUAAAAUAACCAAACAGUCUUCCAGAAGAAUACUUUUAUUUACAAAGAUAAAUGCACACACUUCAACAUCAAACUUUGAAAAUACCAAACUACAAAGAUAUAUGCAUGAAAAAAAGAAUGGGCUUGUACUCACCAAAAUGCAGUUUCAGUUUUGAUGAUAGAUACUAUGCCUUACCCCAGCAAAUUAAAAUCAAUACCUGAGAGAAUGUUUCACAGAAAGAAAAACAAUUUAGAAGACUGGAAGAAGUACACAUCAGUUCCCUUGUUAUAUAACUCGAUUUUAGUUUUCUGUAGUAUAAAGGUUUUUUUUCUUAUUUUAUAUAUGUGUGGAACAUGUGGAAACAGACUGAACAGGGCUGUAAUCUCAAGUACUUUACCCAGAAUUGUAGGUGAGCCCAUGAUAUUCCAGUACUGGGAAACGCAUGACCUAGAACACAAGGGGGGAGAAUGUCAGACACCUGAGAACAUGAUCAUGACCCAAUGAAAGGCUGCUUUACUGCCAAAACAAUAUGUCAUUUUUCUAUUUUGGUUGUGGUUCAAGUAUAUGGUUUUGAAUAAAUAUUUUACACCAUUACUGCCCUGUGCAUGCACUUGGCAAUGUGUAUCUUUCUUAAAAUAAAUGCACAUCUGCGAAAAUUUA